AUGGAAGAUCAUCAAGCGAAAAGAAAGAAGUCCUCAUGCGACAGAUUAUCCGAGUUGCCAAAACCCAUUUUGCACCGUAUACUCUGUUUCCUUCCCCAAGAGCACGCCGUCCAAACUUGCGCUCUAUCCAAAUCAUGGCGCGAUAUUGGCUGCACUCGCCCCAAGAUCGACUUUCGCCAUGACCCCGACGAAGGGGAUGCUCCCCUCAAAAGGGAUGAGGACAAGUUCUUGUUUGUUUUGAACAAGACGCUGCAAGGUUAUCAUGAGCGAGGGCUUUCCGUACAGGAUUUUCUUGUCGGAAUGUUCAGGUUUGAUCUAAAUCCAUUUCACUGCUUCAAAAAUGGAUCCCUAUAG